AUGACAUUAUUAUCAACGUCAGGCUGGCGUGGGGUAACAACCAAGGCCGCAUGCAUACGAUUUCUUGCAGUGCAGGAGCUUUGCCUUUGACUGGUCUAAGCUGUCUCCGAGCCCUUGGUAAGACCUUGGGACAGCUGCUUCUCCGCUAAAUCCAGACUUGGAACACGCUUCUGGCUGUCUUGGCCACCUGAUAACGGUCAGGGACAUAGACAGACGUAGGGGGCCGAUGGCCACAACAUGCGACUCCUCCGUUUCUUCCUUGAGAUUUUGCAAAAGGUUCUACAUGCCAUGCAGAGGCUGCAGCUCGUGAUUACAGCGGUGCAAAGUACAUGAAGAUCGAUUCCUCUGCCUGAAAAAAACUGCAAAGUAUAUAGCCCGUGCAAAUGCCACCCUCUUCUCGAGAUGAGGAAUCAGAUUCCAAAAGCUUCUCAGGAGGCAAACCCAGGUUCAGCAACUACUUUCGCCAGAUAUCGAGGAGCGAUUUCUCGAACAAAGGGGAAAACGAACCUUUGCUAUCAGGUCCGUCAACUCCUCGAAGGACUAGACGUCAUAGUACCCACACAGUCGAUCCUGCAUUUAGACGAGGAAGUAUCAGCUCAGAACACGGAAUUGUACUUCACUCUUCUGACGAGUCCAACUUUUUCGACUUCAUCAUGGAGAAAGUCAGGGGUACAAAAGUGGCAUAUUGGGCCGACAGGGCGGCUGUAGAGAGCGAGCCUGGCUUGACGAAUGCUCAGUUGAUGCUACACAAUCAUGACUUGAAGCCUGUUGAGGCGGAACGUCGACAAUGGGGCCCUUGGAACUUCGUUGGCUUCUGGGUUGCAGAUUCGUUCAACAUCAACACUUGGAUGAUAUCUUCCUCGAUGAUCAGUGCCUCUAGUCUUUCUUGGUGGCAAUCCUGGAUUUGUGUCUGGCUGGGCUACACGUUUGCAGCCUGCUUCGUCUGCAUGACUGGGCGAAUUGGAGCAACCUACCACAUUUCAUUUCCCGUUGUAUCUCGAUCAUCCUUCGGUAUCUGGGGAGCUCUCUGGCCGGUAUUCAACAGAGCUGCGAUGGCAUGCAUUUGGUACGGAGUUCAAGCAUGGAUUGGAGGGAAUUGCAUCCGACUCAUGAUCUCAUCAAUCUGGCCAUCCUAUGAAAACAUUCGCAAUGGCAUCCCCAAGUCUGGAACAAACACCCGCGAUUUCGUCUCCUUUCUCAUUUUCUGGCUUCUGUCUCUACCUGCUAUCUGGUUUCCAGUCCACAAGAUCAGACAUCUGUUUACCGUUAAAGCUUAUGUGGUGCCAACUGCGGGGAUUGCAUUCUUCAUAUGGGCUAUCGUGCGAGCUAAGGGUAUUGGACCGAUUGUCAAGCAGCCAAACACGUCUCAUGGAUCCAAGCUGGCUUGGGGUAUGGUCACAGGUAUCAUGUCUGCCAUUUCAAACUUCGCUACCCUUAUUGUGAAUGAUCCCGACUUCGCCCGUUUCGCACGCAAGCCCAAAGAUGCUUUCUGGUCCCAGCUCCUCACCAUUCCCUGUGGCUUCGGUCUGACCUCGUUCAUUGGAAUCAUCGUCUCCUCAUCAUCCACUGUCAUCUUUAAAGGCGAUCCAAUCUGGAACCCUCUCGAUCUUUUGCAGUCUUUCCUUGAAGAAGGCUCUUCUGGAAACCGCGCUGGUGUCUUUUUAAUCGCGACUGCCUUCGCUCUAGCGCAACUCGGGACAAAUAUUGCAGCAAACUCGGUGUCAGCAGGGACAGACAUGACAGCACUCCUUCCCCGCUACCUCAAUAUCCGUAGAGGUGGCUAUAUUUGUGCCAUUGUUGGUCUUGUGAUGUGUCCUUGGAAUUUGCUCAAGGACGCCAACAAGUUCACUACUUAUCUUUCAGCCUACUCCGUCUUCCUCUCUUCUAUUGCUGGAGUGAUCGUCAUCGACUACUACUUUGUUCGCAGAGGUUUCCUGCAAGUCAAGGAUCUCUACUCCGCCAAGAAGACCGGCCCAUAUUUUUUCACAUACGGGGUACACUGGCGGGGUUAUGUUGCCUACAUUGCCGGAAUUCUGAUUAAUAUUGUAGGAUUCGUCGGUGCCAUUGGAAAGACAGUGCCGAUAGGGGCCCAGUAUAUUUACAACCUGAAUUUCUUCUGCGGAUUUAUCGUAGCUGGAAGUGUUUAUUAUUUGCUCUGUAAAGUCUUUCCGGUCCCGGCUACGAGUGAUGUGUGGAUGGAGGUUGGGGAUCAGGUUGAGGAUAUGAGCUUCGCAUAUGAUAUUGGGAGUGAUUAUGGUGAGAACGAUGGCGGGAAGACCGUGUUCAAAGAAGGUGCUGUUGAUUCGAUAGGGAAGAGAGGCUAUGAGGUUUGAAUUUUUGCAGUCCGGCAUAUUGAUGGUCUAGGAGAGAGGCGUUUCUGGUAAUUGCUGGUUGGGUUUAUUCCCCCUUAGAUCAGUGCAUCUAGAACUCUUUAGAAUUAUACAUAUUGUUUAUUUGCUACUCGAGCAGAGAAUCAUAAAUACUAC